AUGCAGCAGCGUGGUCUUGGCAAGCCUGUUUCUACCCAGCGGCAGCAGCAGCAAGAAGAGCAACGAGCGCAGGAGCAGCAGCAGCAAGAAGAGGAGCAGGCAAGCGAUGAGCGUCCCGCGUUUUCGAGUAGUGGAAGCGAGCAGCUGCGUAUUGCGAGACCUUUUUAUGAAAGGCCGCGUACUCGAGAUGAGUACGCUGCAGUAAAGAAGCAAGCGGCGGCAGCGGCAGCCAGCGCUGCCGCUGCAGAGGCGCGUGAAGGAGGCGACACCCCUAAGCUAUUUUCCUCAGAGGAGGAGGACGAGAACAAAACCAGCGGCAGCUCCAGCAGCAGCGAAGAAGAAGAAGCCUAUCUGACUCGCGAGGGUCAAUUCGUGGAAUUGCCAUUGGAUUCGGCCAUAGAUCCUCAAGUCUUCAAUGCGCUUCCAUUAACCUUGCAGUACCAACUGGAGGGUUACGUGCGCGCCAUACAAACAAACCGGGGAAGGAUGCCUUCGUGUGAUGCUGUCUUUCCUACAGCCGAAACUCCCGCAGUAUUAUGCUUGACGGAUAACCCCUCAGAUACGCCAAGCAGUUCGAGCAGCAGCAGCAGUUCGAGCAGCAGCAGUAGCAGCAAAGGCGCAUCGUGGAUGGAGCUUUGCGGCCUGGUGCCACGAACGCGUCGCCGGAAGUUUCUGAAUGAUUUAUUGAAGCAGCAAGAACAGCAGAUGGAGGAAGAGCAACGGCUGCGCCUUCUGCACGGGCGAGGGCAUCUGGACGUGCAGUCUAUGCAUCCCAACGAAGUUUUAGGGGGUGUUGCAGCUGCGUCGCUCGCUGCCGAGAUCCAGCAGCGGCACCUCAAGGUGCUCUUUGGGAGUAGGAGUGGCAACAGCAAAGAGGCUGAGAAUCUACAACUGCGCGAGACCUAUGACGAUGAUUUUCUUCUGAGCAUUGAUGGCGAGCGCAAGCACUUGGCGCUGCUGCCGGACAAGGAGAUAUUUGGAGAGGAUCUACUAAAGGAGCUGCCGUUAGCUGCGAGUGAUGAGGCAUCAGAGGAAUUCAUAGGAGCACAAAUAUCUGCACGCACUGCACCACCAGGCGCAUCUGUUCAAGCUGAGGCACCGGCUUUGGAAACACGAGAAAACCAGCGUUCAAUCGACAAGGCCUCUUCUGGACAGACUGCAGCUCGAGCGCCUUUCGGAAAGGGUGCUGCAGGAGGCGCAUGCGCAGUGGCGGUAGGAGAGGUCACGCCGGCAGCAGCGCCUCCAACAGACGAAAGCUGCGCAGCAGCAGAUUCUCGAAUGGGGGCUGAUGACGAAUUCGAAGACUGCGAAAUCGAUCACCCCCUUCAGCAAGCGUCACAGCACCAGGAAAGGCAGCCGCAGCAACAAGAAGAGCGGCUGCUAAGCACGUGCAUUCGAGGAUGCCGGAUAAAUUUAGGAGGCCUGGGAAGCAAGGAGCUUUCCAAGCAGGGCGUUGCUCAUCAGCGGAGCACCUUGGCAGCAUCUCUGGAGACACGCACAGCAGCAGUACAACUGGCAACAGGGGAGGGAAAAGGAGCUUUUCGGCGCUUUUUGGCCAUGGAAGCAGCGGCUGCUCCAGAGAAAGCUCGGAAGACAGAUGUGACAGGGCCGCUUCCCAUACAGCUGCCACCAUUAGCGUCAGAAGCAGCGGCACCAGAAGAACGACAAGCAAGAGGGACGCCACGACAGAUUUCCGAAUGCGCCUCAGCAGCAACAGCGGCAGCCUGCAUUCGGAUAAAGAGCAAUCCGUUCUCUCCAAUGAGCGCUAAACGCCAGCGACAGGAGGAAUCCACAGAGCACGUGGCCACCGAAUUGCACGCACUUCCCCCUCUGCACUUGCCAAAGGUUCAAGAGCCUCCUGAACAGCAAAUGCAGCCGCAGCUGGUUCAGACCGCUGCGGUUGCGGAAGUGGUGAUUCGUGGCACCCCUGCAGACGCUGUUCACGCGUCUUCUGCGUCUUCUGCAUUUGCUGGCAGUGCGACUACUGAGGAGCAGCGCGAGCAGCAGCUAGAACGCCAGCAGGAGAAGCAAGCAACGAAAGACGACCAGGCCAAGGAGGAAGGAGACUUCAUGGACUUGUGGCUGAACGUGUUCCCUUACCUUCGGCAACACUUAGAAGAGCACAAGCACCAGGAGCGCAGACGGAAGCAGAGGCAGCAAAACGCUGCUGCCAAAUCUGCUGCUGCGAUUGGAAAUAUCACACCCACUAAUGACGCAGACACGGACCCCGAAGCAGCAACGGAGAGGGCAGAAAUUGAGGCUCUUCUUGACUUGCAACAGGCAGCUCAGGAAGCGGCAGCAGCAGCGGAUGAAGCAGCAGCAGCUGCUGCUGCAGCAGAAGCAGCUGCAGAGCAAGCCGUCCCCCCCCCUUGCUUGCAGACGACCCCGUCAGCAGCUUCUACAGCAGCUUUCGCGGCAGCACACGCGUGUGCAACUGCAAAGCCUCGCGCUGUCGAAGGCAUGGAUCCUCAGUGGCAGCAGCAGAAACUCCAGUACCAGCAGCAGCAAGAGAGCUUCGCGCAGGCUCUGGAUGAAGAGCGACAGGUGUUGCUACAACAACUGGGCAGAUUGCAGGCCCGUGGCGAUAUCGCGGAUGACGAAACGAAAGCCUUGCUGGUGGCGUUGCUUGAGGCCUUCGGAAUCCCUUACGUCGUUGCCCCUGCGGAGGCAGAAGCGACAGCCGCGAAGCUCUGUCAAGCUGGAAUUGUUGAUGCCGUGAUUAGUGACGACAGCGAUUGUGUUGUCUUUGGCGCGACGGUAGUGUACCGCCAUUUCUUUCGGUCCUCAAAGACAGUUGAGGCAUACGCGCAGCAGAAUAUUCAGGAGCACCUCCAGUUCAAUCAGCAACAGCUCGCCUGCCUCGCCCUCCUCUUAGGGUGCGACUAUACGACAGGUGUGCGUGGCGUCGGACCAGUGAAUGCAGUGGAGAUAGUCAAGCAUUUUCCGUCGUUCGAUUCGCUGUUUGGAUUCAGGGAGUCUUUCCCUCACGAUUUUCCUUCCAUCGAGGUCAUGGAGGCCUUCUUAUCUCCAGCGGCUUGGAUACCGACUGGGCCUUGCGUCUUCGCUCCUCCAAAUGUUACGGCAAUAAAGACCAUCCUCCUUAAGCGUACGAGCUUGUCUGAACAGCAGAUCGAGGAGACCCUGCUGCCUGCGGUGCAACGUUACACUGCACCAGGGGCCUUUAUGAGGCAGCAGCAGAUAACGGACUUCUUUCCUGUAUGCCGUGCAUCUGCCGCAGCUGCAAAGCCGCCAGCCUCACAGGCAGCGGCUGUUGCGGACUUAGAAGCAGCCACCUCAGGCGUAUCCGUGGAAGCAACAGCAAACGCGGCAUCUGCAGAUCUACCAUUGACCUUAUCGUCGUCAGCAGUACCAGAUACCACCGAGAAAGCCUUGCAACUGCAAGAGCAAGAACCUGAACAGGGGGAAGGAAUGCAAGACUUAGGGGCGGCAGGCCAGUACACGAGCAAACGCAUCUUAAGAGCCUUGGGCAUGCUGCAGCGCGAGGCAGCAUCCGAAAAGCAAUCCCCCCGAAGCAGAAGUCGCAGCAGAACAGCAGAAAAACAACGCCAGAGGAUGCGGCAGACAGAACCUCAGGGGGCACAAGAACUAGAUAAGGAGAGGUUGGAAGUCGUAGGUGCAGACGGCCAGGAAGCAGAUGAGGCUGCUGCUGCGGCGCGAGCCGUAUUAGAAGAUAUUCAAAAUAUUGAUAUCGAUGCAGCGGCAGAAGAAGCGGCCAUCAUGUUAUAA